GAGGGGGCCUGGGAGGCGGAGGAAGCGGGGUUUGGGGCUCGGAACCGGGCCGGGAGACCCCAAGCCCUUCCCCGAGGUCCUGGUAAAGGGACUGAAUCUCUCCCGGGGGGAUAAACCCCAGGCCAUGGAGUCAGAAGAGGAGGCGGAGAGGAGCCUUUUCCAGCGCCUUCCCAAAGUGAUGUUUUCAGAUGUUCCAGAUGAUCCAUCAGAUUACCAAUCGGACUGAAGACAUAUUAAUGGUAACCAAAGAAGUUGUCCAGGAAUUUGCUGCGGAUGGGGUCAAGUAUCUGGAGCUCCGGAGCACGCCCCGAGAUGAACCUGCCACCGGAAUGACUAAAAGGUCAUACAUAGAAGCUGUCCUCGAAGGCAUCCGGCAAUGCAAAGAAGAUGAGUUGGAUAUUGAUGUCAGAUUUCUUGUGUCUGUGGACAGAAGAACCGGACCGGCCGUGGCUAAAGAAAUCGUGAAACUGGCCCAAGACUUUCUCCUUUCCACCGAUGGACUGGUUUUGGGGCUUGACCUCAGUGGAAAUCCCAAUGCAGGACACGGCCGGGACUUUUUGGAGCCUCUGUUAGAAGCCAGAAAAGCUGGACUGAAGCUGGCGUUGCACCUUUCGGAGAUCCCAAACCAAGACGAGGAGACCAGGCUUCUCCUGGGACUCCCGCCUGACAGAAUUGGGCAUGGGACGUUCCUCCAGUCCCCAUCAUCCCCGGACCUCAUGGAGAUUGUUAGGGCAAAUCGCAUCCCCCUCGAAUUAUGCCUGACGUCAAACCUCAAAGCCGAGACGGUGCCUUCAAGUAACCAGCACCAUUUCGGCUUUUGGUACAACAUAGGACAUCCUCUUGUGCUUUGUACGGAUGAUAAAGGCGUCUUUGCGACCGACUUGUCACAGGAGUAUCGGCUGGCGGCGGAUACGUUUCGUCUCUCCCGGGAACAGGUCUGGGAUCUCUCCUACCACGCUAUCGACCACGUUUUUGCUUCCGGCCGGACCAAGAUGCAUCUCAAAGAACGGUGGCAAGAACUGAAACCGUCUCUACUUAAAUAGUAAACAUUGAAUAUCAAUAUGUGACAUCAGGCAUGGGAAGAGUUUGGCCGUCGGGGUGUUUUGGACUCCAAUUCCCACCAUUCCUAACAGCCUCAGGCCCUUUCCUUUUGCCCCCCAGCCGCUUAAGCGGCUGGGGGGCAAAAGGAAGGGGCCUGAGGCUGUUAGGAAUGGUGGGAGUUGGAGUCCAAAACACCUGGAGGGCCUGUACCUCUUUAGUAUGGGAGGAGUUGUAGUCAUGUCAUUGUACUGAGCAUGUUCAGACACAAGACUCCAUUUUGUUAGCAGUUUGAAUCAGACCUCAGUGGAGCGGCUGAGGGGCAAAAGGAAGGGGCCUGAGGCUGUUAGGAAUGGUGGGAGUUGGAGUCCAAAACAUCCGGACGGCACAACUUUGAUAUAUAUUCCCCGGUGCAAAAAGAUACCCAUCUUAUAGGAAAUGCUUUUUGCAUCCAAAGGGAACUUUGCAAACUUUGCAAACCAGAGAAACUAAAGCCAGACCAGCCUCGUUUGGGUGCUCUCGGGUUUAAUAAAAGCACAAGGUCCUUCG